CUGAUUACUUUGAUCCCUUAUUUUCUCUUUUCAGAAAACAUGGGUUGUCAGCAGUCGACUAUGGCGAUGCUUUUUCUGAUGAUGUUCACUUUGUCAUCAGCUUCGAACAUGUCCAUUGUAUCCUACGAUGAAACUCAUGCCGACAAGUCAAAAUCCAGUUGGAGAACAGACGAUAAAGUUAGGGCCAUGUACGAGGAAUGGCUAGUAAAGCAUGGCAAAACAUACAACGGGUUGGGAGAGAAAGAGAAGAGGUUCCAGAUUUUUAAGGAUAACCUUAGGUUCAUCGACGAACACAACGCCAAUGAGAGUUACAGCUUUAAGGUUGGGUUGAACCGGUUCGCCGAUUUGACCAACGAGGAGUACCGAGCCACGUACUUGGGAGUCAAGAAACCCCGACGUAAGCUUUCAAAGGCGAGUGAUCGAUACGCGCCGAUUCUCGGUGAAGAGCUGCCUGAUUUUGUUGACUGGAGAGAAAAAGGAGCCGUCGCUGAAAUCAAAGAUCAAGGAGCUUGCGGGAGUUGCUGGGCCUUUUCGGCUACUGCAGCAGUUGAAGGGAUAAACAAGCUUUUUACAGGCGAACUCAUUUCACUAUCCGAGCAAGAGUUGGUAGAUUGUGAUAGAUCCUACAAUGAAGGUUGCAAUGGGGGUCUCAUGGACUAUGCCUUCGAAUUCAUCAUAAAAAACGGAGGUAUCGACACCGAAGAAAACUACCCUUACACCGGUCGUGACGGUAGAUGUGACUCUUACAGGAAAAAAGCUAAUGUCGUUUCGAUCGAUGGUUAUGAGGAUGUUCCGGUAAAUAACGAGAGAGCGUUGCAGAAGGCGGCUUCGAAUCAACCUAUUAGUGUCGCCAUUGAAUCCGGAGGCAGGAGUUUCCAGUUAUAUGAAUCGGGUAUAUUUGAUGGAAGUUGUGGAACACAACUAGACCAUGGUGUGACUGUUGUUGGAUACGGCUCAGAAAAGGGUAAAGACUAUUGGCUUGUAAAGAACUCAUGGGGAAUCAACUGGGGAGAGGCUGGCUAUGUCAGGAUGGCGAGAAAUGUGGCCAACGCCGUGACCGGCAAAUGUGGAAUCACAAUGGAUCCCUCGUAUCCGAUCAAAACAAGUGCAAACCCUCCGAAUCCCGGUCCAACCCCACCAUCUCCCCCGUCUCCCCCUUCGCCGAUUAUCGACUGUGACCUUUAUUAUAGUUGUCCCCGGAAGAAUACCUGUUGCUGCCUUUACGAGUAUGACAAUUACUGCUUCGUUUGGGGAUGCUGUCCGCUCGACGCCGCCACUUGCUGCGACGACCACGAAAGCUGCUGCCCACAUGACUACCCCAUCUGCAACGUCAAACAAGGCACCUGCUUGAUGAGCAAGGGCAACCCGUUGGCAGUGAAGGCACUGAAGCGCACUCCGGCACUUGGAAAUUUCGGCAGAAAGAACAUCGCUUAAUUUGUAGCCUGUGGUAUGACAAUGCUGUGGCUGAUGGCUUACAGGGAGAAGAUGAAGGAAGCUCGACUGAGCUUUAACAGUCUCUCUGGUUCAAUAACACUGCCAGCCCUCGUGUCAGAUGGUUUAUACAAGUUACCUAGAUGCCAGUUAUGUAUAUAGUUUCAUGUUUAUCGGUGGUGUGUAUUUGGGAUAUAUAUAGAAUAUU